UUGUCGUGUAGGAGGUUGAAAGCAAGGCACGUGUGGGCGUCGUUUAGAAGCAAAGGUUCCGGUAACUCGUUGUCAUGAUGACAACGAUAAAGGACCUCAACGUCGCGAGGAAGGCCCUAAUGGUGUCACUGGGGGACAAAUCCAAGACCUAUUUUGAUAAAAUGAGGUUAUGGUUCCAAAUGAAGUCAACGAAGGAGGAGUUCGAUGCCGAGGCCCGGUCGAUGAUGACCGAGGAUCAGGUGCAUCUUCACAACGAGUUUUUACUUUGUUUGUUUAAUAAAGUGCGUGGUCUUGUUAUCUCUGCUCCUCCAACGAGGAUGGCCCACAAAGUAAGCAACGGCAGCAACAGUAACAUGAACAACAGUAACAGCAACAGUAAUGGCAACAACAACAGCGGUAGUCUAUUGAGCAAAACUGGAGGAUGUGUAUCCCUUAAGAGGAAGUACAAGUCCGACAACGCUAAUUUCGAGCCUGCAGACGUUUACGCUGAGGUACUUAGUCAAGUGUCCUCUCCCGUUGGUGACGAGCCCGUAGGUGCAAACAGAUCGAGCGCUCAGGAGCUGAUCUUGCCAGAUCGCACCUUUGUUCUAGCCAGAUUGAUGCUCGCAGCCUGGGAGAACAAUAUGGAUGGUGCCGAGGACAGUACAGCUCACAUAAUCAUUGCUGCAACGCACAUCUUUCUCAAAAACAUUCUCACGGCAAUGAUGACUAGGCGCAAAGGAUUCCAGGUGAGGGAUGGCUCGUUCAUCUACAAUAUAGGUGAGCCCGUGCCCAGCUCGUGGAAGAGAAACACUUCUGUUUUGCAUCAAGAGGCCAAGUUCGCCAAUCCAACUAUGGUGGUAGAUCCUGUGGGCCAAAUGCCAAAAAUGAAGAUGAGCAUAGAGGAAGCGGAGCAAGCAACGGCUUUUGCCUUGGGCUGCGCAGAACAGAGGCUAGAACCACCGCUGCCGCCCCUUGGAAUCGUCGAUUUGCAGAAGACUCUGAGGAAGCACAAGAAUCUCGUGAAAAAUCACAUGAUUUAUGCCACUAAUUGCGAAAGAUUAUUUACAUUUAAUACUCAUCCUACAGCAGAGGAAGUUGAGGCACAAAAACUUAUAACUUGAUCAUGUUACUUGUUAUGAAUUUUUGUGUGGUGUACAUGAAUAUACUGUGUAAAAUUGUGUUAGUUUUUAUUGGUAA